UGGUAGGGUCACUUCCGGUGCGGAACCGCGGCCUGGGCGGAGGACUAGUCACCGGCGCGGGGUCUGAACCGGUAGAUCGGGAGGAGGUGGCGUGUGGGUGUCGGGACGCGCGGCCGUCGCCAUGCCGUUCCUGCACGGCUUCCGCAGGAUCAUCUUCGAGUACCAGCCCCUGGUGGAUGCCAUCCUGGGAGCCCUGGGCAUCCAGGACUUGGAGCGGCAGGAGCCCCUGGACGAUUACGCUGCCGGCGAGGAGAGCCGCAUCCUAGUCCUCACGGAGCUGCUGGAGCAGAAGACCCACUCUCCAUUCUACCAGGAAGGUGUGAGCAACGCCUUGCUGAAGAUGGCCGAGCUGGGCCUGACUCGGGCAGCCGCCGUCCUCCUGCAGCGUGGGGCCAACCUCAAUUUUGAAGACCCCGUUACCUAUUACACAGCCCUGCAUAUCGCUGUCCUGAGGAACCAGCCCGACAUGGUGGAGCUGCUGGUGCGCCAUGGGGCUGACAUCAACCGGAGGGACCGGAUUCAUGAGAGCAGCCCCUUAGAUCUGGCCAGCGAGGAGCCUGAACGCCUGCCCUGUCUGCAGCGCCUCUUGGAUCUUGGUGCGGAUGUCAAUGCGGCUGACAAGAAUGGGAAGACAGCGCUCCUGCACGCUCUGGCCAGCAGCGACGGUGUGCAGAUCCAUAACACCGACAACAUCCGGCUCCUCCUGGAGGGAGGGGCAGAUGUCAAGGCCACCACCAAAGAUGGAGACACUGUGUUCACAUGCAUCAUUUUCCUGCUGGGGGAGACUGUCUGUGGGGACAAGGAGGAGGCCCCGAUGAUCAACCGCUUCUGCUUCCAAGUCACACAGCUUCUGCUGGCCCACGGGGCCGACCCCAGCGAGUGCCCAGCCCACGAGUCCCUCACACACAUCUGCCUCAAGAGCUUCAAGAUGCACUUCCCGCUGCUGCGCUUCCUGCUGGAGUCGGGGGCCGCCUACAACUGCUCCCUGCAUGGUGCGUCCUGUUGGUCUGGCUUCAACCUCAUUUUUGAGAGGCUGUGUUCCCACCCGGGCUGUGCCGAGGACGAGAGCCACGUCGAGCUUCUGCACAAGGCUGAGACCGUGCUGGACCUCAUGGUGACCAGCUCCCAGAGGCUCCAGCUGCCCGAGAACUUCAACAUCCACCCAGUGGGUAGCUUGGCAGGGAAGAUCCAGGCCCUGCAUGCCUCCCUGAGGCAGCUGGAGAGCUGCCCGCCGCCUCUCAAACACCUGUGCCGCGUGUCCAUCCGGCUGUGCCUGCGGCCGUGGCCUGUGGACACCAAGGUCAAAGCCCUGCCCCUGCCUGACAGACUCAAGUGGUACCUGCUCAGCGCACACAGUGGCACAGAAGACAGCUGCUGAUGAGUCCUGGGACGGCCGACCUGACGGUAGACCUGGUACUGUGUCAGCCUUCGGAGGGUCCUCUCACUUGGGCAAGCUGCGCCCUUGACUGAUAGAUAAACCGCUAGGGUAGUGCCCUGGAGGCCAGAGGCAUGGCUGCCCCCAGGGAGGCUCCCACCUCCUCCCUCAGCCCCAACCACGUUGGAGGGGUGGUGCGGACAGGGACAUCUGCCCUCUGGAUCAGGAGCUGACCGAGGAAGCAGAGGCCAGGCCCCUUGGUUGGUCCUGGGGGGGCACAUGCCUGGGUCUUUCAGGACCAGUGCCAAAACUCUGGGCCAUCCUGUUAAGUCCUACUCUGCCACCUCAAGUAUCACAGUGCUCUGAGGAGCUAGAGAUGGCACCGAGGUCACCACAGUGGUGGUGAUCUUCCGGGUUAGAGGCCUGCCUGAUCCUGUGGCCUUUAGUGCUCUGGCGCUGUGGUUGGCGGCAGCUCUGCCCAUGCCACAUCCAUGUCUCGGGGACCGUGCCUUCUGCUUAAAGGUAUCAUGAGCGCAACAGGACAGUCCGUCUCAAGAGCCUGGGUUUGUGAGGGGCUCCCCAGAACAUGUCACUGAGGCCAGAAGCUGGCUCUCCUCUCUAGCGCUGAGCCCUUACAAGAUCUUCCCAGUCAGCGUGGCCUUUGGGAAUGAGCAGAGAUGAUGAAAUAUAUUUAUAAGAUUAAACUCGG